ACAGCUUUAGCGAGAAAUAGCCAUCAGGGAGUGAUAAUCGGCUGUUGAUGAGAGCAGCCGACAACAGGGCCUAAAAUCAGAAGCUCCCUGACCAUGCGUAUUUUAUUUGUUCAGUUGAGUCUCGGAAAAUGGCGUCAGCAAAGUUUCUCGAGGAAGCUCUAAACACAGAUGUGGACGAAUCGGCCGUGAGUGCAAUCGUGGGUUCGUUAGAAAAUCAACUAGUUUCAUCGGCGCCUCACCCUCAACAGACGAAUACGGUUUUGCAGCAGAACCACGUAAACAGUCCCAUCUCAAACGGCGGGACUGGGGCAGCCCCUCAGAAACAUGGGACAAUCGCCAACGGUGACUCGAUUAGCGGCAAUAUGACCAGUGUUGUGGAUAAACAAAUUAAUAACGCGUAUAUGAACGCUACUCAGCAGCCGACUAUCACGUCGACCUACACGUUACAGCAAAACGACCAGAAACCCCCCGAAGGGUUAAAAAUCGUCUACUCACAAGGCAGCCAAGGCACCUUGAUCCAGCAGAGACCUCAGCAGACCCAAUUACCUAACGGGACCAUCGGCAUGGCUCCCCAAACGGUACUGAGUUCAACCGCCUCCCCUCAAGUUCCCGUUCAGAAAGCGCCGACAAUCGUUCUCAAAGCAGGAAAUCCCGGUGGAACACCCGGCCUGGUCACCGUUCCAGUAAAUGCCGUCCAACAGGCCAAUAAUGGCACGCAAGGCAUUCAAACAACUAUCGGUGUCUCAUCUCAACCAAUCCUAUCAAAUCUGCAAGUGGUCAAUAUGCCACGUCCACAGGGGGGCCAAACCAAAGGGCAAGCCAGGGUCGUUCUGAGUGCCGCCCCUGGGCUUGUAGGCGCCCGCCCUGGCACACCUCAACUAACGUUACAGUCAUUUCACGGUUUGCAACCGGGUCAACAGGGGGCCCUAUUGCUGAAAACCGAAAACGGUCAGUAUCAACUGUUGCGAGUUGGACCGGCGACUGCAACAACCAACUUAACAACGUCUCAAGCGAGCGGCCAACCAAUGACCUUUCGCAUGCAGACUGUCCCUGCGCAAACCGUAUCCACUGCAGCAACCAAUCCAGUGCAGGCAGGGGGCACCACCACAGUCAGUUCCACACAGCCCAUUGUGCAAACCACGCAACCCAUACAGCGGCCAGCAAACGAUAAUACCAAAGAAAAAUGCCGCAAGUUUCUGGCCAAUUUGCUCGAGCUGUCGAGUCGCGAACCCAAAUCCGUCGAACGAAACGUAAGAACGUUGAUACAGGAACUGAUCGAUAACAAGGUGGAACCCGAGGACUUCUGUGAUAAGUUGGAGCGCUUGCUCAACGCAAGUCCACAGCCAUGUCUUAUCGGCUUUCUAAAGAAAAGUCUGCCACUUCUACGGCACUCGCUGGCAAACAAUGAACUGACGAUCGAUGGAAUCAGGCCGCCGCCCCCCAAUGUAGUCUUUUCGGCGGCAAGUGUGCCCACAGUCCAAACCGUAAGGAGCACCGCCCCCGGACUAACCAGCCAACAAGUGCGGAUUGUCGGGCCCGGAGCUGCGGUAGUUCGAGCGCCAACAGCGCCUGGCGGUCUCGUCCAGCAAAGAGUCAUCGGGCCGCUCAGAGGCCAACCUUUACAGCAAACAAGGAUGGUGACAACAAUCCGACAGGCAGGCCAAUCUGGCAUGCAGCAACAAGGGACCAUCAUCCAACAGUCUUCGAUCUCAUCUUCGCAGCCGCCGGCGCUUCAUCCAGUUUAUGCAGGAGCUGGCGGUCAACAGCAGGCCCAAAUUUUGAAUCAACAGACCAGACCAGCCCCACCUCGGUCAGUUCAAGUCCGGCCUGUUGGCCAGGGGAGGCCCGUGCCGCAGCGGAAUUUAGCGCAGUCAAGUGGCAAGAGUGUGCAGAUUGUGGGAGGAAAAGGGGUGAUUUCUAAUCUGGGGACAAUUCGCUCCUCAGCCAAAGAGAAAGAAAAGAAAUCGUUUUCGGCAGCAUACACUGGAGACGACGAUAUCAAUGAUGUCGCGGCCAUGGGCGGCGUGAAUUUGGCCGAGGAAACUCAAAAAAUUCUCGGCUCAACCGAAUAUGUGGGCACGCAAAUUCGGUCCUGUAAAGAAGAUAUUUUAUGCUCAUUGGGCCCACUACAGAAUAAGAUUAGGCAAAUUAUGGCAAAGCACGGACUGGACGACCCGAGUACGGGCGACGUUGCGGCGUGCAUCUCGCAUGGGGCGCAAGAAAGACUCCGGUAUCUCGUCGAGAGAUUAGCUGUGAUCACCCAACACCGACUAGAAAUUGUUAAAAGUGAUUCCAGAUAUGAGAUUACGAACGAUGUUAAAGGCCAAUUGAAGUUCUUGGAGGACCUUGACAAGGCUGAGAGGAAAAAGCAUGAGGAAUUGGAGAGGGAGAUGCUGUUACGAGCCGCCAAAAGUCGGUCUAAGACUGAAGAUCCAGAACAGGCAAAACUCAAAGCAAAAGCGAAAGAAAUGCAAAGAGUCGAAAUGGAAGAACUUCGGCAAAGAGAGGCGAACGCAACCGCCUUGCAAGCCAUCGGACCUCGGAAGAAGCCGCGUUUAGAGAACGACUUUACAUCAAAUUCUCAGAGUUCGUCGUCGGGACAGAAUAAUAGUUCGCGUAGUCAAAUGGCGUUACGGCAACGCAUCAAAAAGGUAACAAUGCGCGACAUACACUUUCUGUUCGAAUCGGAGAAGGACCUGUGCAAAAGCAAACUGUUGUACAAGUCGUAUCUUAAGUGAUACCGACUGGAGUAUUGCAGUCUCAGUCUCAUUUUUGUGAUAUUGGCCACCUCCGGGCUGAACUGUGUUGAGAUGAUUGGUGGUGGUCUCCGAGCUACAGUCUAAAACGCUGGUCGCAUUGCUGCAUAAUCGCGCGGCCCAAACGAAAGUCACUGUUUUGGCUGGGCAUUUUUAUACACGAGACAUCUUGUAUGUGAUAGAGGUUUUGUACUAAGCAAUUGUCUCCUUGCGAAGGGCGCUUUGUUAAUCAUUGCUGUGGUUUUCCACAAAAGAUUCCGGUGUCCCUUAAGCGAUUUUUGUGUUUACUCUAAAAAUCCCGACCAGAAAAUAUGAGCUUUGUUGGAAUAGUUGCCCUUUGUGUACCUUUCUCGUAUUCAUACAAGCGCCACUAUGCGACUAAGUAAACAUUUUCUGUUUGUCUUGUUUGAUUAGUUGCUGUUUUUGCAAUCUUUCCUGCUCAUCCUAGAGCAAAAAUUGUCAGUUUACGUGUUUCGGUCCGACAGUUGGGUGCGCGACGAAUAAUUCUUGAACUUGUUUUUCACAAUUUACAUUAUUUGUUAUAUACAGUGACUGGAUUUUUGGAGCCAAAUACAGUUUAUUUGUCGGAUUUUUCGUUUUUAUUUCAUUUUUCGAUAUUAGUGCAUGCUUGGUUAUUUGCUUUUUAAGCUGAUUUUGAAACAUUUUUUGCUACCGGUAAAUAUCCGUCUUAACUCGACACCUUAAGGAAAAUGAUGAGCCCACGGACGUUUUCAUUGGCACUGGCUUUCGUUAUUUGAAAAUUUGUCGAUUUCUACUGGAGCUAAUUUAGCUCGGUUGGUUAGUAAUGCAAAUAACUUAUUUGCAGAUACAGUAAUUAAGUGACGCGUUUGAAAUAAGAGUUCACAACAGUCACAAGUUUUGGAUUUUACAUUGCUGUUAAUGUAUUUUUUAAUCUUCCUAUUCUGUUUACUGAUUAAAUCGGGUGGCAAACACUGGUACUGAGAAGCAAAAAAAAUAUUUAUCGUUUUAACUGACGACGCUUGUAAAAAACAUUCUCAAAUAGCGGCGGUUGGUUCUAUUCAUAAAAACGUCCGGGAUAUACAGGGUGAGUCAGCGAAGCGAGACUGGCUCGUAGAUCGUAUAGAAAUAACGACUGAUAAAACGUUUAUAUAAAAGUGUUGUGGUUGUUACCCCGUAUAGUUCAAAGUAACAACACAGUUUUAUAUGAACGUUUUUUUUUGUCGCUAUUUCUGCACGAUCUAAGAGAAUCGCUUCGCUGACUCAUCCUGUAUAGAAUCACCCAACAAAAUGAUGUUUUGUAUCAAAACUGCGUGUUAAACACUUCUUGCUGGGGCAAUUGCUGAGUGCAAAAUCAUCAGUAAACUUAUCGAAUUUGGUUUUUUUGUAGACCGUAUAGACUUAGCUGGCCGCUGGCAAUCUACAGUUGAAAUUUGUAGCUUUUGCCAGUUGGCCGCUUGAGGUCGUAGAUAAAAUUGUAUAUAUAAAGCAUAUAUCAAAUUAUUUCGUUGGUCUAACGACGAAUUGUACAUACUUUGUCUAUGCGAAAACAAUUUUCUUUAUAAGAAAAUGCAUUGAAUUUGUAAAUAUUUCUGCUAAUGUUGGAAGCUGCGUGAAGCAGCUUGGAUGAAUGAAAUUCAAUAGCUGAUGAUCGGCUGCUUCAACAGACUUUCCAACAGAUGGCAACUUAACCGUGUAAGUAGUUGUAAAAGUUUGUUUUAUAUUGUACCUAUUGAACAUAGACUAUUAUAUAAUUUUUGUUAUAGAUUAAUAUUUAGUAUAAUAAAAAGGCAACAAUUUCAAA